AUGCCUGCCAGACUCGUCGUGUGUAACCAGGCGCCGGUGCCUCUCUUCGGGGUCCUCCGGCGGCAGGGCGCGGCGAGAUAUAACAGUACCGCCGCCGCCGCUGCCACAACCACCACCGUCACGCCGGUGGGCAAGACGACACAGACGGCGGCUUCAUCCACACAAGGGAAAUCGCCUCUGUCGAGGCUACCGACGCUGGCUCUUGUGCGGUCACUCGUCCUCACGCAGUUCAUGUCGUCGCCGCUGCUCAUGAAGCCCGCCCUGCCCCUCCUCCACUUCAUCGCCAAGUCCAAGAUGGCACUCUUCAACCCCGACAGGAACCCCGUGCUGAACAGGCUGCUGCGCUGGACCAUCUACGACCACUUCUGCGCCGGCGAGAACCUGCAGCAGGUCACAAAGACCGUGAACAGCGUCAAGCGCAUGGGGUACCAGGGUGUCAUUCUCAACUACGCAAAGGAAAUCGUUCUGGACACCAAGGAAGCCGGCGCCGACGCACCCGCCGGGGACUACGCCGCGCCGUUCUACGAGAUGGUGGACCUGUGGAAGAAGGGCAACAUCGAGACCCUUCGCAUGCUGGCUCCUGGCGAUUUCCUGGCCGUCAAAAUCACCGGCGCUGGUCCCAUCGCUGUAGACGCGAUGCGAGCCCACGCCCCUAUCCCUGAUGUCAUCCGCGAUGCCCUGGACGAGAUGUGCGACGAGGCCCGGAAGCAGGGCUCCCGCCUCUGGAUCGACGCCGAGCAGCAAGCGCUGCAGCCGCAGCUGGACGAGUGGACCAUCGACCUCAUGAGGCGCCACAACCGCGAGAGCAAGCCGCUGGUCUACAACACGAUCCAGUCGUACCUCAAGGCCUCCAAGGCCAAAGCCGAGCGGCACAUGGCGCUGGCGGCCCGCGAGGGCUGGAGCCUGGGCGUCAAGCUGGUGCGCGGGGCCUACAUCGAGAACGAGACGCGGUCCCUGAUCCACGACACCAAGGAGGACACGGACCGCAACUUUGACGACAUCACCGACAUGUUCAUCUCCCAGAGGCUGCCCCCCUCGGCUGACGCCUCCCUGUCGUUCCCGUCGAGCGCGCUCUUCCUCGCGACGCACAACGCCGCCAGCUCGUCGACGGCCAUCGCGAACCACCGCCGCCGCCUCCUCGACGGCCUCCCCACGACGGAGCUCGAGUGCGGCCAGCUGCUCGGCAUGGCGGACGAGCUCAGCUGCGAGCUGCUCGACAACUACGACGCCUGCCUGGCGGACUCUGGCCUGCGGCGCGAGGCGAUCCCCAAGCCCUUCAAGUACCUGCCCUGGGGGUCCGUCUCGGAGUGCAUGGGAUACCUGCACCGCCGGGCCGUCGAGAACAAGGGCGCCAUCGAGCAGAGCGCGCAUAUGCUCGGGUCCCUGAAGAGCGAGCUGCGCCGUCGGGUGUUUGGGUGA